AUGGCACAGUCAACCGAGGCCGGAUACGCGCGGGCCAGGCCUGUCGUAGUGGGCGAGUGUCCAUUUGAUCGCGUGCAUUUUGACAGAGCAUAUGAAAAAGGAAUUGCUCUCUUCAAGUGGCCUAACGUCUAUGACAUAUGGAACACCUAUCUUACCAAGUUCCUGAAUCGCUACGGUGGCACCAAACUGGAAAGGGCGAGAGAUUUAUUCGAACAGUGUGUAGAAAACUGCCCUCCGAAGUUUGCUAAAGCUCUCUACCUGCUCUACGCAAAACUGGAGGAAGAUCAUGGUCUAGCCAGACAUGCCAUGGCAGUUUAUGAACGAGCAACUGCAGCUGUUCUACCAGAAGAAAUGUUUGAGCUGUUCAAUAUAUACAUAAAGAAAGCAGCAGAGAUCUACGGGGUGCCACAGACUCGACAGAUUUAUGAGAAGGCAAUAGAUGUGCUGCAAGAGGACAACUGCAGAGAAAUGUGUCUACGCUUUGCUGAAAUGGAAACGAAACUGGGUGAAAUCGACCGAGCGAGAGCGAUCUAUGCACACUGCAGUCAGAUCUGUGAUCCAAGGGUUACUGCAGAGUUCUGGCAGACUUGGAAAGAGUUCGAGGUCCGCCAUGGAAACGAGGACACGAUGAGAGAAAUGUUGAGGAUAAAACGUAGUGUGCAAGCGACGUACAACACACAGGUGAACAUGAUGUCGGCCCAGAUGUUGUCUGCUGCUAGUAACGUGUCAGGCACUGUAGCGGACCUGGCUCCAGGAGCCAAGGAUGGCAUGCGGAUGCUUGAGGCUAAGGCGGCGGAAAUGGCAUUUGAAGAAAGAUCAGUGCCGCAGGUGAAAGGAGGAAACAUCCUGUUUGUCCGAGGGGAGACUCAGGGGCAGGAGAGAGACGGCACGGACACCACUAGAGUUGUUAACCCUGAUGAGAUCAAUAUUGACGAGGAUGAUGAAGAUGUCAAUGACUCAUCUGAAGAUGAAGAUGAAGAAAUGCCGGUCCAGAAACAAAUCAUUCCAUCUGAAGUAUUUGGUGGCUUGAAAAAGGACGAUGAAGAUGAAUCACCCUAAAUAAGAAGUUUUUAUAAUUUUAUAAAUAAAUAUGUAUAUAGCCUAGUA